AUGGCGAUGCAGGCGUGCGCCGAGAUCGCGGGUUGUCUGGCCGAAUUUUGGGGGAUCGGAUCCUCUGCCGGCGGUGGCAGAUCGAUUGGCCUAUCUGUGGAACAGGAAGGCAGCGAUCCCAGCGAUUGGCGAUCCACAAAAAAAAGGCCAUCGAGUCUGGUCACAAUCUCUGGCACCUUGCCGAGUGGCACUCAACAGGACGGGAUGUUGGCCUUUUGGCUGAGCCUGGACGAUUGUCUUUGUGACUACAACGAGAGCCUCGAGUGGUUCCAGGCAAUUGUCGAGCAAGCGUUGCGAGACAAGGGUCAAGAUUGGAAAGCUGGGCUGAAAGAGCAAGGCUAUUCCAUGCUGGCCAACAAGCCCAACUUCAGGGGCUUGGCGUUGCUGUUCUUGCCCUUUGAUGCGGCGCGAAAGCUGAGGCGCUGA